AUGGCAAUGAUCAGGAACAAAAACAUAACCUUCUCAUUGAUCUUGAUGUGUCUUGUGGUGUCGCCGAUUGUUAAUGCUCAGCUUGGGCUUGGUAGUCUUGGUGGGCUUCUUGGCGGGCUAACUAGUAUCUUUAAUAUCGAAGGGCUUCUCAUGUGCUCUAUCACUGGCACAGUCUCUACCAAUAACGCGACUUCCGUUCCCCCUUUCCCUAAUGCGGGAAUAGUGUUGCAGUGCGCGGGGCAAAAUGUUUCAAGUACGACUACGAACGCUAAUGGAGUAUUCUCGAUUCCUACUCUUGGAGCCAUCUUUUCGCCUUCAACACUCCUCUCCUCCGGUUGUAGGAUCAUCGUCACGACUCCUCUCACCGCCUGCAACGUCAACCUCCCUGCCAGUGGUUUACUCGAGGCACCUUUAGCUCUACUCGGAACCGCUACCGGCGGCGGCCUCAACAUCUUCAAUCUCAUUCCAGGUGCCUUUAACCUCGUCCGUUAA